GGUAGUUACAAAUAUUGUUGAUACAAUUUCACAAUCACAGUUUGAUUCAGCAGUCAUUAACAAGUUUGUGCCGUUUUGUUACACGUUCUUUCUGUAUUUUUAUCUAAAUACUGUGUAAAAAUUAAAAUAAAGGUAAAAAAUUGAUGACAUUAUUCUAUAAUACAUGCAUUGAUAGUACAAUUUGUGGAAAAGUGUAAAUUAAAGGAGAUGUGACCUCGUCAUAAUGAUCAGCUUGAUUGAAGCGCGAUGCAUAGUUUGCCGUCUAAUAUUCUGCUGUGGUGACUGUCGUAGGAAGCACGAAGAAAACACUCACGGCCUAACUUACGACUGCUCAAUUUGCCGCGGAAAUAGAUUCCUUUGUAAGCCCGAACUACUGAACGAAGACUUUGUCCUACACCUAACAGAACACCUACCGUUACAGUGCAAGAAGUGCAACAAACUCUUUACUAAAAUGGAAGAUUUAACUGACAUUGAAAAAUGUUCUACUAUUUCUGAAUUAAUUGAAUCUAAUGUUGAAGAUAAAAAGGAAGAAGACCUGGAAGAAAAAUUCGAUUCUUUAUACGAGAAAGUCAACAGCGAUGGGGAGAAUUUCGAAGCUAUUGUAUUAAUUAAUAAUUCAACUAAAACAGCCAUUAUAACACCUAUUGUACGAAAUAAAGGACUAGUGGAUUACGAAUCUAGCGAUGCCGAAUGGGAAGACAGUCCCAAACAGGCUGUAGCAACUCCUCAUCCUAAAAUGAAUCCCACAAGUACAUUCAAGCGCGCUGCCACUCCUCAUAUUAGAAAAUUACUUGUCCGACAGAAGCACGUUGAAAUAGACGAUUAUACGCCAAAUCAAGAUAAUUACAAAGAGUCUCCUGUUAACGGUAAAACGCCUUUGCGGAAUAAUAACCUUGAAAUUCCAGAACCUGAUCAGAAGAUGACCACUCCAACAUCUCAGCUGCCACAUGUCCUGAAGUUAGCGGAGGCGGUGACGACCAGCACUCCCACACACCCUGGAGCCUGGUCCAUGUUCACAGGCCCUGGCACCGAGUCUCCGUUGUCUGAGAUAGAACAGACUGGUAGCCCGGCUGGGAGCAUUGAUAUAGAGCCAUCUCGAACUGAUGAGAGUAACCAGCCAAAACUCAAAGGUAUAAUCAGUCGCGUCAAGCUUGGCACUCAGGAUAGUUCAGAGAAGCAGGUCACGUUCCAGGACAGCGAUCACUUGGUAGAAUCAUCCGUUAAAUCUAAGAGAGUGAAGUUUGCUGAGGACACUAUAUUUAAACCAGAGCCUGGAAUUAAACGAGUUUUUAAGAAACCGCGUCGAAUGCUAACUCCGGGACGGCAGCGACCAAAAAUAUCCCACAACCCUCGCUUCCAAGCACUGAUCAACCGCUUUGAAUGCCAAAGGCUAUCGUUAACGCAGACUCCUGUCAUCAAAAAAGAUGAACAGUCCAUAGAGAGCACCCCACCGGGACACAGCCUAGCCAGAGCAAUAAACUUCAAAGAUGACAGCCCAACAGUGGAAUCAGAGACACAAUCUAAAGAGGCGAAUGAAUUAUUCAAAACUUGCGUCGACUCCCCGGCGCCCAUGAACAACGCAAUAACAUCCCUGACCACAAACAUAGCGGGCACUCUCCAAACAUGCCUCACCUCAGUCUUACGGUCCACUGAUGAGGAAACUGAGAUACAAUUCAAAUUCGUUAUCUCAAAAAAGAAAGUGAGUGUGAACAGGAUAGCAGAUAACGGUAAUCUUGAGAAUUGCACUGAAAUCGAGAGGGGGGAGCAGUCCAAUAAGGAGAACAUUUGGUCGACCGUUGCUAAGGCUGUCAAAAAUGUUUUCUGGGGCAAUCAAGAUAAUCGCUCUAAUGAAGCUACACCUUACAGUUCGAUCGCUUCCAACGAUACCACCUCAUCAUCGGCUUCGAAGAGAAAAUUCGAGGAGAUGUCAGACUCGGAGUUGAGCCCACUCAACCACAAACGCCACAAGUACGAGGGCCGGAUCAGAGGAAGACCACCCCUCAACAGGCUCAGGACUUGCAGCGUCUCAUGCUUGAGGAGUUCCCAUUCCGCUGAACAGCAUUCCAUGCUGAAAGAGCUGUCUAUGUUUCAAGAGGAUCAAAAUAUGAAUUGUAGCUUCUAGUACCUACCGAGAACAAAAAUUUUAUUGAUUUUUUAAAAGAUUAGAUUUGUCUAUAGUCAAGUAGGCCAUAUUGAUUUUUCAUGAAAAAUUAUUGUAUAAGAAAAAAAAACACAUAUAAAUAAUUUAAAUAUUUUUUCACGAUAAACUUUCAAAAAGUGAUCGUGCACACAAAGGGAUGAAUAAUUUUCCACGAUUAUUAAUAAUGUUUGUUUAGUUAAUUUGAACAAUCAAUAAUAAUAAAUUAAUUAGUUUUAAUUAUUAUGAUGUUUAAAAAAGUAAUUAGGUAAAUUAUUAUUAUCAGACAAGCAAGAAUAUGAUAUUUUUUAUUUUCUUUGAGAUUUGUAAUUUAAUUGAUUUAAUUUAAUUAAUAUAAAAUAAAAGUUAUGAAAUUGUA